UAGCUAGUGGUGCGUGGAACAACUCACCUUUUAAGUUGGUCUUACACAUCCUUCACAAGCGUGGUGGGACUAAACUUUUUACUCAGCCAUAUGGGACUCUAAGAUUUACUAUGAAUUAUUGACAAUAUUCUGAAAUAUUAAACGGGCUACGCCUAAUAAUUUCGACAUAUCCUUUCAAUACAAAAUUUAUAUAUCUGAUUGAAGACAGAAACACUCAUGUAUUUAUUUUAUUUUUGAAUUUUAGGCUCAUGUAUUUUCAGAUAAAAAUACUCAUGUAUUUUUUUCCUUUUGAGCGGAAGAAAACAAUUGCAGUAAAAUGAAGCAGAUGUCUGGCUUGCAAAAGGCCAACACGGAGGCGGAGGCCUGCAUGCACGCCGGCUUGUUGUUGUCCUCUCCCUUGGCGCCAAACAACCAAGAGAAUAGAAUGGAAGCUCCCUCCGAGCAGAGCACCAAAGCAUUUCUUUCUUCCGAUCCUCCAGCACUCAUCUUCUACUGCCCAUGGACAUGGACGGUCCCGACGGCUGGGUCUGGGUGCGCCGGCCGGCGGAGGAGGAAGCGUGGCAGCCAUGGACGUCCGAGGAGCGGCCGCUCAAGGUGGUGUUCUCGUCGCCGGCCGAGUACUUCACGGACGCGGCGCCCAUCGGCAACGGCAGCCUCGGCGCCAUGGUUUGGGGCGGGGUCUCCUCCGACAAGCUCCAGCUUAACCAUGAUACGCUAUGGACCGGCGUGCCAGGGAACUACACUGACCCAAAGGGGCCGGGUGUUCUUGCCGAGGUGAGGCAAUUGGUCGACCAAGGAAGGUUCGCAGACGCCACGGCUUCAGCCAAGGGCCUUUUCGGUGGACAGUCCGAGGUAUACCAACCUCUUGGUGACUUAAACAUCGAGUUCAGCACCUCGGAUGGGGUGUAUGAUUCUUACAAAAGAGAGCUUGAUCUACAUACGGCGACUGCUCUGGUCACAUACAACAUCGGGGGAGUGCAGUACACUAGGGAGCACUUCUGCUCGAAUCCACAUCAAGUCAUCGUCACCAGGUUCUCAGCAAGCACACCAGGCCAUGUCUCCUGCACACUGUCCUUAAGCAGUCAGUUAAGCCACAGCGUCACUGUAACCAAUGAAAACGAAAUGAUCAUGGAAGGUAUAUGUCCAGGUCAGAGGCCUGCGAUGAGAGAAAACGGCGGCGAUAAUGCAACUGGCAUUAAGUUUACAGCUGCUCUGGGAUUGCAGAUGGGUGGGAGCACGGCAAAAGUUACAGUGCAGAAUGACCAAAAGUUGAAGCUUGACAGUGCAGAUUGGGUUGUUUUCAUAGUUGCCGCUGCAUCCUCUUUUGAUGGGCCACUUGUUAAUCCUGCAGACUCUAAACUAGACCCCACAUCUCUAGCUCUCAGUACACUGAAUAACAGCAGGAACUUCACAUUUGAUCAACUUAAAGCAGCCCAUUUGGAUGAUUAUCAGAGCCUUUUUAACCGCGUGACCUUGCAACUUUCACGAGGAUUGAACGACGCAUGCUCUUUGGUGACUCGGAAAGAUAGACCAGAACAAGUUUCUGAAGACAUCAGGGCAUCAGCGGAUAGGGUGAAAAGUUUUAGUAGUGAUGAGGAUCCUUCUCUGGUUGAACUCUUAUUUCAGUAUGGUCGCUAUCUCCUCAUUUCCUGUUCUCGGCCUGGAACUCAGGUUUCUAAUCUGCAAGGAAUCUGGAGCCAAGAUAUUGCACCUGAGUGGGAUGCAGCUCCUCAUCUGAACAUAAAUCUACAGAUGAAUUACUGGCCAGCACUUCCUUGCAACCUUAGAGAAUGCCAAGAACCAUUAUUUGAUUUCCUGGGAUCACUUGCGGUUAACGGGACUGAAACAGCAAAAGUCAAUUACCAAGCAGGUGGAUGGGUAACACAUCAUGUGUCGGAUAUAUGGGCAAAAUCGUCGGCGUUCCUUAAGAAUCCAAAGCAUGCUGUGUGGCCUAUGGGUGGAGCCUGGCUUUGCACACACCUAUGGGAGCACUACCAGUUUUCAAUGGACAAAGACUUUUUGGAAAACACGGCAUAUCCAUUGCUGGAAGGCUGUGCCAACUUUCUGGUUGACUGGCUGAUUGAAGGACCUGGAGGUUAUCUGGAAACCAAUCCUUCAACUUCUCCGGAGCAUGCUUUCGUAGCUCCUGAUGGUAAGCCCGCAAGCGUGAGUUUCUCGACAACGAUGGACAUCUCAAUCAUCCGGGAGGUUUUCCUUGCAGUCCUUGAAUCUGCGGAGCUUCUCGGAAAAUCUGAUAUUGAUUUGGUUGAGAGAAUCAAGAAAGCGCUCCCAAGACUUCCUCCCAUACAAAUUGCAAGAGAUCGUACCGUGAUGGAAUGGGCACUGGAUUUUAAGGACCCAGAAGUCCAACAUAGGCACCUGUCGCAUCUCUUUGGACUUUACCCUGGACAUACUAUAGCCAUGGAUAAUGACCCUGAUGUUUGUGAAGCUGUUGCCAAUAGCCUUUAUAAAAGAGGUGAAGAUGGCCCCGGAUGGUCAACUACAUGGAAAAUGGCCUUGUGGGCGCGUCUUCUGAACAGUGAAAAUGCAUACAGGAUGGUUCUAAAGCUGAUCACCCUGGUUCCUCCUGGUGGUAAGGUUGAGUUUGAAGGAGGACUGUAUACCAAUCUGUGGACAGCACACCCACCAUUCCAAAUCGACGCAAACUUCGGAUUUGCAGCUGCCAUUGCCGAGAUGUUGAUCCAGAGCACACAGAGUGACCUCUACUUGCUCCCCGCUCUGCCGCGAGACAAGUGGCCCAUGGGCAGUGUCAAAGGGCUGAAGGCCCGCGGUGAUGUGACCGUCGACAUCCGCUGGAAGGAAGGGGAGCUCCAUGAAGCACUGCUAUGGUCGUCAAAUAAUCAAAAUUUAGUCGCAAGGCUGCAUUACGGCAAAGAGGUUGCCGCCGUGACGCUUCGCCAUGGUAUCGUUUACAAGUUUGGUAGCGGAUUGCGAUGUCUGGAAACAUGGCCACUCUCCAGAUGAAUGUCCCGUCCGUGCAUUUUAUUUGUAUUGGAUAUCUGCUACUGCUGCUGCUCCUUCUUCAGCUUUUAUUUAUACUUUUCCAGGAAGCAAGGUUAGAAUUAGUUGAAGAUUGUUAGGAUGUGAUAUAUCACACCACAAAGAGUUGUAAUGAGAAUAUGAAAUGGGGAGUUUCUUAAAUGACUAAUUUUUUUCUUCAAUUUAAAGGUUUGUUUAAUAAUCUCAAGAUUUUAGGAAAAAUAUUUGAGAGUCAAGUUUUCCCAACUCGAAGCACCCAAAUCCAAGUCAAGGGGAAGGCUAACAACAUCUACAUGCAUACUCUUCGUUCACACACACUUACUUUUGAAAAUAAUAGCUUUCGAUUUAAG